AUGAAGAUUUCUGUAGUUUUUGCCUUUGCCUUCGUGUGUGUUCUUGAAUGCUGUGUCUCAAGUAAGAAAUGAAUCAUCAUGAAAUAAAUAGCGUCACCAUUAAAAACAUUUUUUGACCUAGAAAUAAGGCAAAAACAUCAGUGACACACUUGGCUGCGUCUUGUGUCCCACUCUUUUGUUUUUACCCCUUUUGACGUCUGGGAUUUGAAACUAAACAAACCUUUGGCAACCAGGAAUCUAUUUGCUCAAUUUAUUCAUAAGCGUAUUUUGAAACGGUCUGGUUAUCUUGGUUUGAACGGGGACAAAGGAGCUUAAUAACAUCUAUUAACUGCUUUUAUUUGAAUUAAGAGUGAACUUUACUGUUCUUUUUGUUUUCGAAUGAGGUCUGGCACAAACCGUGCGCGACUCUAGAGUUGAAAAAUCUUCGGAAAAUGCUCGGAGCUAUUAUUCGAAAGAGUUUCCUUAACUUGUUAGACUUUCUGACAGUCACAAGCCCUCGAGAAACUCAUUUCAGAACUCAACCUAAACGGGCGCAACGACCCAACCUCAAUCCCCAUCCCCUCCCCCCAAGUGAUAAUUAAUGACUUGUUCCCAAAAGAAUGAAUUCUUCACAGGAGUUAGGGCUCGGUUUGGGGGUCUAGUUUUUACGGAAAACAGUUCGUAAUCUUAUCUAAUUGUCUUAGCUCAUAAUGGAGUUCAUCUUAUUCAUUUCGUUCUUACAUUGUUUCCAGCCGCACACUUCAAGCCUAAGGUAGAUCCAAGAGAUGCUGACCACAACAGACGAUUUAUACGUAAGUUUUUUUUCUCAAUUUUUUCUUGUCACUCGUGUUCGUAUUCAUGUUCCUCGUUUAAGCCCAAAGGUUGCCACUGGAAUUCAUUACAGAUUAUCUGGCGUGAAAAAGAUCAGAUUGCUAUGUUAGGAAAGAUGUAGCCAUGAUGUACACUCGAAAUUAACACGCCCUUAAAAUGAGUAAUAUCUCGUCUCCUGGAUAAAAACAAAUAAAAACAAAUGCAAUUGAAGACUCUCACAGUAAUUUCCCACAAAGUUUCAAAAUGAAUGUUUGUAGAUUGAAAUUAUAAUUGUUCAAUUUGAAUAAAGCGCAGUUUGCAAUUCUGGUUCAAGUCUCUGAUUAGUGUAGAGCUUUAAAUUAUUUAAAAGAUAUAUUCUAUCUUUAGCUUGCUACAGAUGGGAGACAUGAUUUCAAUAUUUUUUUUCUUGUUGAGCACAUAUACUAUCAUUUAAAAAGAUAUAAAGGUUACAGGGAAUUCCUCUAACCGUUUACUUGCUUCUAAAGUUUUAUUUUCUGAUAUUUAUUUCACUCGCUUAACAAAAGGCUAUGAGACAUAAUACGCAUAUGAAAUUAAAACUGUUCCAUUGGUAACAAUCUCCCGCCUCAUGUUGAUGGAAAGAAAUCUUUUGUUUUUCUUUUGUUGAGAAUUCCUCAGUCUUCCAAUUGCAAAACAUUGCUUGUAAUUCUGUCCACAAACUAAGUCUAGCAUCAUUGUGGAGCUGAGGUGAUUAAAUUUUCCCUUCGUUUUUAAUUGGCGCAGAUCUAAGAGAGGAGGAAUACAUCAAAGAACAUAUGGGAAAGUUAACUUGAUCUCAUAGGUGAUCAUAUGGGGGAGGGGGGAACAGGGAGGUCACAGCCUCCCACAUUCCGUACCACGUUCUCCUGCUUCCCGACUCUCGACUCCCGAUCUUCAUUGUCUCCAUUGUAUUUCUCACGUCUUCAAGUUAUUUGUCGAUAUUCGAAAAAACUCGUUUUGGACUAUCUUUUCUCAGAGGCUCACUAUUGAAUCCCUGUUUUUAACUGAAAUGGCUACAAUUUCAAUCAAGAUACACAAAAGAACACUGAGAAUGAAAGAUUCCGAUAACUUAAGCACGACCCUGUUAAGGCCAUAAUUUAUGUGGAACUCAACUAAAAGCUUAAUUACCUCAGGACCAGUUCUUAGUACAUGGUUACAAUCUUGGAUGAGUUACUCAGCAGUAUGCACUAAGAUUUAUGGUUAGGUAGAACGUUAAAAAUGCUUGCAACGUUAAAACUCAGGUUUUCACGGAACUCAGUAAUUUCUCCGGAAUAUUGUCAAAAACAUAAUAUAGCCAAAGGCUUCUUUGGUGAGAAUAUCUGUAGAUUUAAGAGGAAAAGAUCUAAAAAUUAGUGACAACUUGAUCUCCAAAGAAACUUGUAAGAAAGUUUUGGAAGAAACUCAUGGGCCUUUAUUCUUUUUGUUCAGAUUUCCCGCGUGAGUUUGGGAAAGAUGACUACGACGAUGAAGAGGAUGGAGUAGUAAAAGACAUCGAGGAACCAUUUGGUAAGUCUACCUCCCAAUAGAGAAAGCCUGAAGCGACAGCGGGCGCGCAUAGGCUUAUAGGUAAUCAUGGUUGCAAAGCUAUAAAUUAGAAUGUGGCCAAAAGAUUGCAUAAAUGUGCACGCGCCACUCUAGAUUCAGGAUGUAUCUCUUUCCUAGAGUAGUUAAUUAGUUGUGUUUUGCAAGCACCAAGGACUAAAUAGAUCACAGGAUAAAAUUUGCUUAUUCCUGAAUUUCUUUUGCCUUUACUUGUCUAUAUUUUGGAAGGAAGUAAUUUAGCAUUGCUUUCUUUGCUUGUGCUGGUCCGGCCGUUUGUUAUCAUUUAUAUAAGUCAUUCUAAUCUUUUGGUGUGGCUGCAAAUACAUUUGAAUGUUCUUUUUCUCCUCAGACAUACCCUUGGAAGAUUUCGAAAAUUCAAGAAAACUUCGCAAGCAUAACUUCCAAAUUUCCGACAAAGGUAAGUUGAUUAUCAAGUUAGACAUUUCGUACACAAAAAAUAUCAAAGAUCUUGGAGCACGCGCGCGAAAAUCGCCUCUUACAAGUUGAAACUAGAAACACUGACAACAAAAGAAGCUUUGUGAGAUAAUUGACGUCAAUGCAUAAGUCCAGGGAUUUAAGUGAUGUCAGGAGUUCUCUUCCUAUAUGUUAUCAUAAGAAUGGUACAUACAAAAAUUUUUUCCCAGUAAAAUGCUCUUUUUCGGGCAAGAGCUCUCACACAAUUUUUUCAAUAAAAUAAUCCAUGUUUCAAACAUCCUAUAUGCAAAUUGCUAAGUUGGGAAAUGACAAGAAAUGGAGAAUACGCAUUUUUACAUGAAAGAAGCUCCAUUGAAACUCGUACAGGGUGAUUUAGGUUUAGAAGAAUGACUACUACUACUACAACGAGUGACAAAAGUCUUGGCACGCUCGACUAUUUGUCGAAUUUUUUAUCCAUUCAUUUAUCUCCCAUCUCUUCCCCCAUUUCACUGUUGCCUGGGGUUACAAAGUGGGACUUUUAGGUAACGUAUUAGAGAUGAAUUAUAAGAUUUCUUUCCAUCGUGUUGCGUGGAGGGUUGUCGACCACUAAGUCAGGGGAAGCGUGCCAACUAUUUUUGCCUCUUGUUGUAGUUAUUGGAUUUUCCAAUGCGAAUCUAGCGGGUAAAUUGCCCCAUCAUCAUCUAGUUCGAAGUCUUUUUAUUUUUAUCUUUCCUCAUACUGUGCUGUCUAUGAAUUACAUCUCCUUUAUUGAAGAUCCUCACACAUAAUUAACUCUCUCCACAGACGAAACCAAAGAAAUUUUCGAGAACUCAAGAGUAUUUCCCGAUUUGGAUACUCAGACUCCUAAAGAAAGUGAGUAGAUUCCUAAGCAGAAAAUCUACUUGUCAAUGAGUAACCAUGGACCUUAGCUGUCUCAGGGAUACUAGAAUAUGCACGAAAUGAAAGAUGACUUCCAAAUAGACAUGGUUGUGUGAGAGAGAAGUCAUGAUUGUGCCAGCAACCUAGACGCUGACUUUUUUCCUAAACUCAAAUGUUUCGCAAAGGACUCUACGUGACAAAAGAUUACAACAAUUUGGACAUGAGUUGGUAGGUUAAGUUUUCCCAAUUUAGCAUCACUCAAACCGUUCUGGCUGAAAUAGUUGCGGCAUUUUAACCAGGUUAAAAGCUGUUUGACAUGACUCAUCAACCAAGUCACUCGAAAAUAACUUUUACUAAGUAGGACACCAAAAAGAACCAACCAGUCAAACUAAGUGAGAAUGCAUGAUGCCAGUAGGGUGUGACUUUAGACUGAAACCAAGUCAUGUGUCCCUUAAACUUCCUAAUGUUUGAACUGCCUCUUUUUCCACACACUAACACUCCAUAACCAUUAAAAAAAGGUGGAGAAGUGAGAGAUAUGACUCGAUAUAUCCCUAUUACUUAUCGAGUAUUCAUUGAGUUACAGCUAACAGUUACAGCUUCCUGCCACCACUUUGAUACUUCAAAGCCAACUAUACUUUUUCAAUUUAUUCUUUCUAUUUAGAUGGGCUGAACGAGUUACGAGGCAAGCCAUGGAAUCUUCACGAGGACCAUUUCAAGCCUCUUGAGCCAGGUAAAGUGACAUUUUUAAUAUCAUCUCACAUUUCCUGUUCCCCAUCCCUAACUUUUGACAUCGCUUGUGUAGAUUUGAAAAUAAAGCGCAGCUACUUAUUUUCUCCAAGUCUGGAGUGUAAGUGUGGCAUGACUUUCGGCACACUGAGAGACCUGAAAGAAAGCCGGAUAUGAGCCAUGACUGAGAGGCUGCAGUUUCAUUCCUUGUUGGAAACUUUCGAGGAUAGAAACAAGGAGGUCCUAUGUAAAACGCCAACAUUUGCAGUUUGGACGCACGCUUGACGAUCUAAGACAGUGAACAUGCAAUUUGAUGAUUUAAAAAAUGUCUCUAAUUAAGAGACUCGCUUAAGCAAACAUCGGGCAAAAGGCCUAAUCAGUUUCCAAAAUUUAGGCCUUUAGAAAUUUCUUGCGAAUAUCAUCUUUUGGCGAUUAGUCUAAAACCAAACUUUUAAGUGAUUGCUUGUUUGACAAUGCAACAAAAUUUAUUUUUCAUAGGAUACAUCGCUUUUGUAAAAGUCGUGGCAUUGAUGGGUAACCAACCGCUCCAUGACUCGGAAGGUCUACUUCCUAAAGGGAAUCUACUACUAAAGAUCGUUCUGAGUGAUGGCAAAGUGCAUCAAGAGGAGCUGAAUGGAAGCAAAUACCAAGGUCACCAACAUGAAGAAGACUUGAACGCCGAAAGUGAUUUUAACCCGCCGCUCAUCUGCACUCGUGAAGAAAUAACAAAGGUUCAUCUGGCGGCUCGAGGAAAUAAUAGAUGGUACGUUGCGUCAAUCGAUACCUACACCGCGGGAUCGCAUAGAGCCUUCACUAAACUGACCAAUGAUCCAGGCUUCAGUAUGUGGGUGGACGGCAAUGAAGAACAUGAUUACCCAUACCACGCCAAAGAGCACCUCCUCACCUAUGCUGUCGCAGGAUCCUGUAUCACGUACAUACGCGUUGAGGCAAGGACGAAGGGAAGCAUGAAAGGAGAUGGCUCCUCAAAAAUGGAUAGAAAGAGCUACUUCCUUAUCCUGGUUUUGACGCAGGGCCAAAAACUUAGGGCAGAACUUGUAGGAUAUGAGCUACGAAGCCAAUCCUCUGUGCUAGAGCUGAACUUCGUCAGCCGAUUUCAAACCAGAAGGUGCGUUUCGAUGUCCGAAAUUAAGGAAGUACGCCUAAAAACUCAUCAUCAAGGAAGUGAAAAUUGGCAUAUAUCAUCCAUUCACACUUCUGCUAAGACUGGUGAGGAGCAGUACAUGGAUUUGACAAGUGAUCCACACCUCAACAAGUGGCUUAGAGAGUACAAUUCCAAAGAAAUCAAUCUAGAAUGGGUACAUCAAGAGACUUUAACCUGUGAAUACGGAAAUCCAUCGUGCGAAUGCAUGGCACACGCAGAAAUUUGUAAAUUUUAUCUUGAAGUUGACGAAGUUCGAACCUUCACCAGCUAUCAAAAGUUGUCGGUCGAUAGACCUACCGGAAUAGCUUUGCGAGGAGCCGAGGGAGUGAGCUAUUAUUUCGAUAAAAACGGAAUACGUUUGCCACUGCAAUCUAAUAGAACAUGUUCAACAUUGGACCCGGACAAAUGUACUUAUCCCCAGUUUGUAGAUGGUAAAACGUACCGUAUGGCAAUAUCCAUCAAUGGACUAAUUCCUGGACCUACCUUAAUAGUUUAUGAAGGGCAAAAGGUUAUUAUUCAUGUUCACAACAAUCUCACUACUGAAGGUAUUUCAAUUCACUGGCAUGGAAUGCAUCAGAGAGGAACACCUUGGAUGGAUGGUGUGGGGCAAGUCACUCAAUGUCAAAUAGGACCAUCAUCAAGCUUUUCAUACGAGUACACUGCUAGUCCUUCUGGAACGUUUUGGUACCACUCUCACAGUGGCGCACAAAGAACAGAUGGCAUCUAUGGAGCACUUGUGGUCCAAGAAAAUGAAACAAGGUUGAACCAAAUCCGAACAGAACUGAACGCUAACUUUCAAGAUCUUCCAGAUAAACACACCUUAACGCUUCUAGACUGGCAAGGGGAGGCAUCUUUGGACCUGUUCACACAGAGCCAAGCAGGCUUGGGCUUUUAUCCAGACAAACCAUAUGGCGAAGUACCUACUCCGUCUGAUCAAAGGUAUGCUAGUACACGUAGUUUUGACAAUGGCGGGGCUGGACCUAUCCCCUACUUUUCUGGAAUCAUAAAUGGCAAAGGCAGACAUGUUGAUGUUCCAUACAAUAAAACAAGACUGAGUAUAUUCACUGUUGAGUCCGGAAAGAUAUAUCGCUUUCGGCUCGUAGGAGCCCAAGGGCUUUAUUCUUACAGCUUUUCCAUUGAUGGUCAUAAACUGAUUGUGGUCGGCACUGACGGCUAUUGGAUUGAACCCGAAAAAGAGGUUGAUUACAUCAUGAUCCAUCCCGGAGAGAGAUAUGACUUUCUACUCAAUGCAACAGAGACAAGUAAAGACUACUGGAUUCGUGCAGAGACUAUGGAGAUGAAUCAAACUGGCCAAGGGCCCCCUUACGAGUCACUAGGACAUGUGGCAGAAGCUAUUUUGCACUACAAACAGGAUAGAGAGUCGCCCGAUCCAGAUGUGCCGUCGCAUAGAUAUGAAGAAAUCAAAAACAAUUCUCCUCUCAGAGUGUGCACCAAGGAAAAUCCAUGCAAAGCAGUGAACUGCCCAUUUAAGAAGUUCCACUCUUCAUACAACAUUACCUGUACUAAUGUAGACGAGCUGCGUUUACUUGAGCCAACUCCACCUGGGGAACUUCCAAAUGCAAACCCUAACAGCCAAUGCCGAAAUUGUACUCAUUUCAUCAAUUUUAGUUUUGAAGGUGGAUCUCAAACUAGUUCAGUGAACGGGCGAAAUUUUAUUCUUCCUUCCUUUCCACCCCUAACCCAAUAUAACGAUUUUCGAAAAAAAGACACGAUCUGUAACCUUACGGCUGACUGCAAUCCAUCGACACUCGAGUGCUCAUGUGUGAUGGUGAUAGACAUUCCAUAUAACGAAACUGUUCAAUUGGUGUUUUCAUCAAUGGGUGCUUUUCUUAGUGCUCAUCCAAUUCAUCUCCAUGGCCAUACGUUUCAUGUUGUUGCCGUUGGAUAUCCCGAGUAUGACAACAUCACUGGUUUUGUUAAAAAACGCAACAGUGAUAUAUCCUGCGCUGAUGUUAACUGCACUAAAGAAGGGUGUGUGAACGAAAGUUGUACCAGACCAAGCUGGAAGACAGAGCCAAUGAAUUUUGACAUCAAUAACCGCACGAUCAGAAAGGACACAGUAAUGGUCCCUGCUGGCGGCUACGUUGUCAUCAAUUUUCUUUCUGAUAAUCCAGGCCAGUGGUUUCUUCACUGUCACAAAGAAUUGCACCAACUUGAGGGAAUGGCACUAAUUGUCAAUGAGGCUUUGGAGGAGCAGCCCAACCCACCCGACGGCCUGAACAAGUGUGGAGAC